CUCGCUUCGUUAGUAUUAGCGUGUUACCGAGUGCGGAGGACAACUCGUUUAUAAUAAGAUGUUUAAAAAAAGUACAGCUGGGGAGUGUAGUUGGCAGCACGGGUGCGUUUGUGCUCUGUUACCUGAGCGACUUCAAUGUUUGGUGCCCACUGACUGUCCGACUCCGUGCUGGUGGCGCCAGGCAUUCCACCGCACCGUCGUCGACAACACCAGUCCAGAAUAAAAACCUGAAUAAGUGAUUCUGAAAACAGCAACACGCCGCUGUCCUUCUCCUCCAAAGUAUGUUAUAUCAAAUACCGAGACCCUUCCAGUGUUGGCGUGGCCCAGCACCUAACCAACACAGUUUUUAUUGACAGAGCUUUGAUAGUUGUGCCAUGCGCCGAAGCUGUUGUUCCAAUUUCUAAAGAGUGGUAUUUCUACAUUCCCUCUCUUUAAAAUUUGAUUUCUCUGACUUUUAAAAUGCUUGUCCUCGUGACAUGGUUUGCUAGAUGGAUACUAAGUUUUCAUUAAUUUGGUUUUGUAUGUUUUUUCUGUGUGAUUAUGUGUGCAUAUCAGAUGACUAGACCGGCCCAGCUGGUACACUACACUAGCCUGAGUAAAGCAUUGUUUGCCAAGCCUCUAUUCCCGUUGGGGCCAACGCAGCCUUCAAGGGGGAAUGUGACCAGGAGAAUAGCAGCUGAAUCCUUCCAAGAUGGACACCUUGUCUCUUUUUAUUUAUUUUCUUUUAUUUUUUUUUUGUCCCUUGUUUGCUUUUAGGAGGAAAAUGACAUUAGUAUUGUUUGUUUAUUUUGUUUUCCCUGUUUUUGUUUUUUUAUUGUUUCUUUUUGUUUCAAGUCCUCAGUCCAUUAUUCCGUAACUGCAUCCUUACAUGUUUGUUUGAAUAUUGUUUAGGCUGUCAUGAAUACCAAUGUUGGACUGAUUUGUUGUAAGUGGACUGAAGGGAACAUGCCUAACGUUUACUUUUUCCUUACACGUGUCCUCGUUAGCAUGACUAGUUUCGUCUCUGAUAAUUGAUUAUUUUACGAUUAUGAACAGACUUCAAAAAUCACUGUGGGUUUUAAUUUCCCAAGAUUAAUUAUCCAAAGACUUUUUUGUCAAAAUGAAGUCCGUAACACUGUUUUAGGUAAACAUUUUAAGGAAUCUGAGCUAACAUGAUGCUUUCUCCUGCAUGUUCCUGUGAUGAGGAUUGAUAGUGAACUGUUUUGCUGGGGGGGAGUAAUAAUUUAGAAAACAUUUUUCCUAGUUUAGAAGAGCAUUUGCUACAGUUUGACAUAUUUCUCAUCUUAGAACCUUUUCUGGGAUAUGUGUACAAUGUUUAAGUAAAAAAUGAUUUUUACUUGGUUCUAGUUCAUACCUCAUUGGGGUCAGGUUUAUGUAGGCAUAGUUGAAUGUCUGCGUUAGGAGCUUUCCAGUACAUUUAGUAAAUUAGAUGUUAUUUUAGGGGACGGAGGUUGGUUCUUCCUCGGCAAACCGGGUGUAGUGACCACCUUCAAACCCUUUCCCCCCAAAGAGGGAAACGUUCUAGAGAUAGAAUUAUGGAGGAAGUUGCAUAUCUUUUAUAUUUAUUGGCAAACUUUGGUUGGCAUUUGGAGAUUUGAAAGAUUUUUAAAAAAUGUUCUUCUUUUCUGUAUCUGAUGUUCUGUGUGCUAUUAGUGAUGCAGCCAACAUGAACGGUUGUCUUGUGUUGCACACCUUUCCAACACUGCGAAACGAUCACCCCACGGGAAAGCGCCCAUGCUUGAUAUCGUAUGGUUCAUGCCCAAUAUGUUUCCAGUACAGGUAAAAUUCCAGAGGAGGCCAAGGCCUUGUCGCUCUUGGCUCCGGCCACACCUGUUGGUAGCCUGAUGCCUGGGGCAGGCCUCCUGCCCAUCCCCACUCCAACCCCUCUGCAGAACCUGGGUAUCCCAAUCAGCAACCUUGGGGCUCUGCAGACAGGUCUCGACCCCUCAGUGGCAGCUCUCGGAGGUGUUGCAACACAGCCCCCUCUGAUGGGAAAUGUGGACCCUUCCAAAAUUGACGAAAUCAGGAGGACAGUUUAUGUUGGCAACUUAAAUUCUCAGACAACCACGGCAGAGCAGCUGUUGGAGUACUUCAAACAGGUUGGGGAGGUGAAGUUUGUGCGGAUGGCUGGAGAUGAGACUCAGCCCACCCGCUUUGCCUUCGUGGAGUUUGCUGACCAGGAGUCUGUGUCACGGGCACUCGCCUUCAAUGGUGUCAUGUUUGGAGACAGACCCUUGAAGAUCAAUCAUUCCAACAAUGCUAUCGUGAAACCCCCAGAACUGACCCCACAGGCUGCAGCCAAGGAGCUGGAGGAUGUGAUGAAGCGUGUCCGCGAAGCGCAGUCUAACAUAGCAGCAGCCAUUGAGCCAGGAGAUGAUUCUGGGAAAAAACAUUCCAUGAGCAGCUCGAGGAGGUCAAGAAGGAGUCGAAGUCGUUCUCGGUCUCGCUCACAUUCUCGGUCACGAAGGAAAAGGUCAAGGUCCAGGCACAGGAGCCGACCAUCCCUGAAGUCCCGGUCAAAGGGCAGUGAGUUGCACAGCUCUCGCAGUGUGCACAAGAAACGCUCACGGUCCAGGGAUCGGAGACACUCCCGUAGCCGCUCGCGGUCCAGGGACAGAAGGAAAGAGAAGGAUGGAAAAUCAAGAGGCAAGGAGGAGAGCUUUCGAGAUAAGGAUGAGAGGCGACAGAAGGAAAAAAGGGGCAAAACUCCCCCUAAGGGCUACAGUGGGUCUCGGCGAUCACGGAGCACAAGCAGAGGACAUAAGAGGAGAAGCAGAAGUCGGUCAAAGUCUCCGAGGAAGAAGAUGAAGUCACCUUCACCAAAGAGGGGGAAGAAAGACAAGAAAAGGGAUAAAGUGAGAGAAAGCAGUAGAGAGAGGAGCGACAGGGACUCUUCCAGGAAGCAGAGCAACAGAGAUGAGAAGGUGGACAGGAAAGUCAGACCUAUAAAGGUGGACAGAGAUUAUGACAAGGAGAAGGUGUACGAGAGCGACCGGGAGGGUUCGGUGACAGCCAGCGAAGAGCAAGCAUCACAGGUCCAGCACAACGGCAGCUGUGAGAAGAACGGGGACGACCUGAGCCAGACCGAGGCCGCGACCCCAACCCCAGCAACGUGCGGCGAGGCAGCAGAGUGAGUUCGUUCCUCACCCCUUACAGUGACGUCCUGUCGGAAAGCUCUACUGCAGCCAACAUUAAAAUACAAAAUGAGUUAAAAGUAUAAUUAAAUUUUUUUACUACUGUGAAUCAGAUAAUCAUGAUAUUCAGUUGGAAAAUGGACAAACCCACUGCAUUUUUUUUUUUUUAUACUGAAGUUUAUUUCAGUGAAUAUGUUGAACACA